AUGGCACAGUUCCACCUGGCUGGCUGUUAUCACAACGAAGUCGGGGUCGACCAAGACUACACCAAGGCCGUCGAGCUGUAUCGCAGUCUUGCAGAUCGCGGAAUCCCUCAGGCUCAGAUCGCCCUCGGUCGCUGCUAUGAGAAUGGUGAAGGUGUCGAUCAAGAUUACAACGCAGCCAUCGAGUGGUAUUCCAAGGCCGCAGAUCAAGGCAGCGAAGACAGUCGACUCCACAUCGUCUGGCUUGGAGGCUGCUUCUACAUAGGCAAGGGGAAGUCGAUGAACAGACUUGAAGCUUUCCAGUGGUAUAGUAAAGCAGCGAGCCAGGGUAACUCGUACGGAUUGUAUGGGAUUGGUUAUUUGUUGCACCGGGGAGAGGGGGUUACCGAGGAUAAAGCCCAAGCAGUCGAGUGGCUUCGUCAGUCGGCUGAGUUGGGCAAUCGAUACGGCCAAUAUUAUCUCGGCUCGUGCUACAAGAAUGGCGAUGGUGUCCCCAAGAUCAACACAGCCGUCUACUGGUAUCGAAAGGCAGCAAAUCAGGGUGACCAAGAGGCCAUCAAUUGUCUCAAGUCCCUCGGCAAGUGGCCCUGAUCCCCGAGCUCCUCCCGAUUGAUACAUCCCAAGGGUAGGGUCGCACCUCUAAACAUGCAACCCGAGCGUCCAAGCUUGCAAGGUGGCUCCAAUAAGGCCGCAAUCGCCGAGUGGUGUUGUACUUGACAUUUAAUACAUUCAAGACAUCCAAUACGUCC